AUGUCGGCGGAGGCUGUCGCAAAUGCUCUCUUAAACGGAUGGAUCUCUCACUACUUUGUUCCACGCGUUAUCACAACGGAUCAAGGUAGGCACUUUGACUCCGCUUUGUUCAUGGAAUUAUCAAAAAUUCUUGGAUUCAAACACAAUCACUUGACUGCGUAUCAUUCACAAGGGAAUGGCAUGAUCGAACGUUUUCCCCGCACGCUUAAAGCUGCGAUCAUGUGCAAAAACGAUACCACUUCCUCUCAUUAUGCCUCGCCGGCCGAGCUCGUUUACGGUACAACCUUGCGUCGUUCCGGUGAUUUUUUUGAGUAUUCCAAACAACCUGAGUAUUCGACUGAAUUCGUGAGCGGGUUGAGGAGUGCCAUUCAGCAGUUACGUCCGAUCGCGUCGUCCAACCACGCCAAUAUUAAAAGUAACAUUCAGAGUGGGCUUGCCAACUGCACUCACGUUUUCUUACGCGACGACUCAGUUCGCAAAUCGUUAAAACGUCUCUAUGACAGGCCUUACAAAAUCAUUAAACGUUGGGAUAAGACCCUUGACAUUGACAUUCGAGGCAGAUCGGUGACAGUAACCACAGAUAGACUCAAGGCUGCGUGCUUAGACUCAAAUUUUGUUAACCAAAAUUUACCUCCUAGUAUUAAUAGAAAUCAAGAGGCUCAACCAACAAUUACUCCUAAGCAAAAUGUACAGCCAUUAGAUUUAAGUUACAAAAAACAACCUAUUAGUAAUAAGAAUGGGGAUGCCACACAUACAAUGGCCUCCAAAACCACUCGCGCUGGCAGACAGAUUGUAAGACCACAGCGCUCCGUUUCUUUUGUAUCGUGA